AUGAAGCUUCAAGGACGUGCAGCAGAUGCCGUCGCUCUACUUGGAUCACUGCGGAGGUGCGCUUUGCGCAUCAACAAGAUUCAUGUCACGGAAGCGUUGUCAGCUUGCAAGCGGUCGGCAUCAUGGGAGACGGCCGCCAGCCUCCUGAAGAUGGCGCAGGAGUCGCGCAUUCGACCAGAUGCACAGUUGGCCUCUGCAGCAAUCAGUGCUUGUGGCCAAAAGUGGCAGCUUGCCCUGGACAUGUUUGACAGCCUGGCCUCGGGUAGUCUGCAAAAUUAUGUUGCUGUCAGCUCAGCAAUGAGCGCAUGCGGCAAAAGCAGCAAGUGGGAGCUGUCUCUUCACCUGUUUUUGAUGAUGGAAGAGUCACGGCUGGAAAUUGGCACUGUGGUGCUGAGCACUGCCAUCAGUGCAGCAUGUCGAGGCAGAUCCGCAUGGAGAGACAUGACGAGGCUUCUCACUGAAUGCGUCAGCAGCCAAGCUGUGCCUGAUGUUCGGAGCUGGGGCACCUGUGUGGCAGAGCUUGAAGGAUGCAAUCUUCACGAGGGCAACUUUUUGCACAAGCUUUGUGAGCACUUCUUCCUUGGACAGGAGCCCAAGGCUGCGGGGCGCCAGCACCAGUUCUUCGGCUUUCUCGGCUUUUCAUUGUCGCAAGUCCCCAACGGCCGAGGCUGCGGCGACGAAGUACCACCCUGGCAGGUCUGCUGCUGUGUGCAGCAGGGCUGUUGCAGGUUGAUCCCGGCCGAAGCUUUCUCCAACUUGCUGCACCUGCAACUGCGUAUCGCCGCCAAGAUGCGACAAGUCCUGAUGCCAAAGCUCGGCUGCGCCCAGACACGGACAACAGAUCUGGAAGUGCCUGGAUGUUGGUGCUCGGGCUUGCUGCCUUUGCACAUCGCAGGCCUGGACCUUUUGCUGGGCACGGCAGUGCUCACAUAG